AUGUCAGACUCUGGGGAUGAAGCUGAUUCCCGAACAGCAUCCGUCGGCAUUCAGAGGCCCCGAUCGAAAAAUUCCUCUACCCGCGGCUCCGGCGACAGUGACUCCCGACCCAAGAAGAGGCAGCGACGGAAUCGAUCUCGCGCAGGCGAUGUGAGCGAUAUUCUUCCCCGCGGCGCAUCCUUCAGCUCGAACCCGCUUGAGGUCGACCCCGACGAGACAUCCAGUUCCGGAUCGAGCGCGGGCUCUGGGAGCGAUUCCGAUCAUUCGGACUCGCCCGAGAAGCCAGCACCCGCCAACCCUCAUAAGGGCAGCACUGCGCCUGCAAUAAGCUGGAACCAAGGAAGAAAAGCGCCUAUCCGAACUACGCUCGGGAAACGCAAGGCAUCUGGAGAGGUUCAGCCAAAACCUCAGGCUACAGGGCCGAAGGCAGAACAGUUUUCGGCGGUGAAUGCGUUUUGGACACCUCGCGAUGAAUCGGCUUCGCCUGAACCUAGUGGAGAGGAUACCGGCGUGAAUGGAGAUGAAGAGUCUGAAGAUGGGUCGGACGGCUCGAGUGGAUUGGAAGAAGGCGAAGUGGAUUCUAGAAGUGACUCCGAUGCAGUGUCUUUGGAUUCCGAAGCCGAUGAUUCCAUAUUGCUAAACAUUGGCGAGAAAGCCGAGGAUACCGCAGAUGAGUACAGCCCAGAGGAUGUCGUCACAAAUGGCCAAACAAACAGUCAUGUGAAUGGAGUUUCAGAGGAAAGUGCAUCGGCGCCAUCUGGAUCUUCUGAAUCUAAGGAGGAGGCAUUUGAGCGUUAUGCAAAGAAAUAUCCCACACCGCCAGCCGUUCUGAUGGAUCUAGGAAAGGGGGAUAUGGAAAUUCAAGCUCAGUUCAUCUAUUGGGAUCAAGACAUCAAUGAUAUCGAUCUUCAACUCCCGGUGGGCUGCACUGAAUGUCUUCAAUUUGGCCAUCAGGCGGAAGUGUGUCCUACAAAAGAGUGUUCACACUGUCAAGCAUGGAAUCAACAUAUAAGCGCACUCUGCCCCUCAUGGCGAAGAUGCCAGCGAUGCAGGGAAAGAGGGCACGAAGAUAAGGAGUGCCCCUCAGCAUUGAAGAGCUCCGCUUCUGAAGUUCCUUGUGAUUUUUGUGGCUCAUCAGAUCAUACUGAGUCGUGGUGCGACGAUCGGUGGAAGUUUCCACUGCGUGAAACCGCAUCAACAGAGGUCAAGGUUUCAAUCUCAUGUGCUAAUUGCAUCAGCAAAAGUCAUCUUAUUGGCGACUGCCCGUCUCUCCGCCGGCCUUACAACACCUCGUCCUUUACACUCAAGGGCAUUGACCCUGACCAUAUCAUCAACCUCAACACAGCCCCUAAGCAGAUCCAGCCGCCCAUAAACUACAGCCAGGGUCGCAAGGCGCGAGGAGGAGCUCGUGGAGGGCUCAAUGCUCGCUCUUCAUCCCCAUCAAGUGAUGACAUGCUGCCCCGCAAGGGCUCAAAACCCCAACCGGUCUCACGCGGACGAGGCCGCGGAUCACACAUUCGAUUUGGAAAUUCAGUCGCACCCCCGCGUAACGGCCCCGGGCCUGAUAAAUCACGGGGAAGGCCCCCGCCGAACCGUGGCCGGCCACAGUUCACUGGGAAUAACACCCGCCAGCGUACACUAUCUCCACUUCCGCGUUCGUUCCCUCGUGGCCCGCCCCCGCGAGGUCGUGGUCGUGGUGGUAAUGGCCGUGGAGGACCGCCGUCACGCGGUGGGGGCAGGGGUCGCAGAGGAAAAUAG